AUGGAUAUCAAUGUCAAGAAGAGAGAAGCUCAGAUGGCUCUAAUAACUUUGAAAAGCCAAUAUAAUCGAGCCCUUGAACUUAUGGAAAGAGUCUGGAAAUUAGACUUAUAUACCACCUGUUUAUGUAUUUUAUGUAUAGUUAUUGGGUGUACUCUCUUAUUUUUAAAGAAAAAUGUUGUGAAUUUAAAUUCUAUUGUAAGCCUUGGUGUGUCUUCUGCUGGUUUUCUCGUUUCUGGAGGUAGUGCUAUUGCUGCCUUUAAAUCACUUCUUACCUCCUCUUCCGAAUCAGAUUCUGGUAUUGAGAACGCUGAUAAAGGUCCAAAUUUCGACCUUGCAGAAUCUGCUGCUCUAAUU